UUUACAUCUAAAUAUAUCAGUGAAGUGUUCUUAUGCAUUUUUUUUCUUGCUAUAUACUACAUAAUUUCAGGUGUUGAGUUCUGAUCCUGAGCCCAAAAGGAAGCUCAAGCAAAUUUUCAUGGCAGCAACAAGGGAACAAAGAUUUGAGAGAGUGACAAAGAACUUGAAGGUGGCUAGAGUGUUCACUACAUUAGUAGAGGAGCUUAAAGCAAUGGGAAUGAUAAUGAAUGAUGACUCGCGAUGUACUGAGGUGAUGGCUCCAGUGGCACACAGCGAUAGGAGUCCAGUCCUCCUCCUCAUGGGUGGUGGGAUGGGAGCUGGGAAGAGCACUGUGCUUCAGGACAUUCUGAAAGAGCCAUUCUGGGCAGGAGCAGCAGGGAAUGCAGUCAUAAUUGAGGCAGAUGCCUUCAAAGAAUCAGACGUCAUCUAUAGGGCCCUUAGCUCCAGAGGUCAUGGACAUGUCGACAUGCUACAAACUGCUGAACUGGUGCACCAAUCAUCUACCGAUGCAGCAUCAUCCCUCCUGGUGACAGCACUUAAUGAAGGGCGGGAUGUGAUCAUGGAUGGCACCCUUUCUUGGCAACCAUUUGUUGUGCAGACAAUAACAAUGGCCAGAAAUGUUCACCGCCGCCGUUAUCGUAUGGGUGCUGGUUACAGGGUGAAUGGAGAUGGAACUGUAAACGAAAUCUACUGGGAACGAAUUGAAAACGAAGAACCAGAGCAAGUUGGAGGCAAAAAGAGAAAACCAUACAGGAUAGAGCUUGUUGGAGUUGUAUGUGAUGCUUAUCUAGCUGUUAUAAGAGGCAUACGGAGAGCUAUCAUGUGUAGAAGAGCUGUAAGAGUGAAUUCACAAUUAAAAUCCAGCAAGCAAUUUGCAAAUGCAUUUCUAGCUUACUGUCAACUGGUUGACAAUGCCAGGCUAUAUUGCACCAAUGCUUUGGAAGGCCAACCUAAGUUGAUAGGAUGGAAAGACAGAGACAAGACAUUGCUGGUUGAUCCAGAUGAAAUUGAUUGUUUAAAAAGGUUAGGUAGGUUGAAUGAAAAUGCAAAGUCCAUAUAUGAACUCUACAAGCACCCUAACCCAGCUUCCAAAGCUGGGUCAGUUUGGAAAGACAUCGUAUUGUCACCUUCUAGGGUGAACAUUCAACAGGAGCUGAAGUAUUGCAUCCGGAGAAUUGAGAGAAUGAAAUGA